GAUUAUGUUCCAACAGUGUUCGACAAUUUCAGUGCAAAUGUCUUAGUCGAUGGCAAAAAUGUCAAUCUGGGUCUUUGGGAUACUGCUGGUCAAGAAGAUUACAAUAGGCUAAGACCAUUGAGUUACAGAGGAGCAGAUGUUUUCAUUCUUGCCUUCUCACUCAUUAGCAGGCCUAGCUUUGAGAACAUUGCUAAAAAGUGGGUCCCCGAGCUGCGACAUUAUGCCCCCACCGUGCCUAUUGUUCUCGUGGGAACUAAAUUAGAUCUAAGAGAAGACAAGCAGUUUCCAAUGAAUUAUCCAGGUGCUUGCACAAUCUCUACAGAACAAGGCCAAGAACUAAGAAAGGAGAUAGGGGCAUUAGCAUAUAUAGAGUGCAGCUCAAAAACACAACAGAAUGUUAAAGAGGUGUUUGAUGCGGCGAUAAAAGUAGUUUUACAGCCUCCAACAAAGACUAAGAAACAGAAGAACAAAUUUAGUUUCUGCCAUGUUCUUUGA